CACGACAUUGUCAAUCACUGGUUUGCUUCGGCAAUGCAUUGCAUGGUUUCUCGAAGCAACGCUGCGUCGCUCUUUCUACAUUGAGUUUAUGUGAUGUGAUUGUGGUGACGACCUGCCGGAGAAGACUUUAGCAACCGUGCAUUCCACUAGUCCACCUGCCAUGUCAUUUGGGACGAGCAUAUCGCAUACAACUUUCAUUGAUCGGGUGGAUGGUUGAGGGUCAUCCUAUCAUCGCGCAACAUCAAUCUGUGUGUUUAUGAGACAGCCACAGCAUUGUAUCUCCACUUGAGCAGAUCGCUCUUUCGCAGGACGGAAGACGCUUGAUAUUCUGCCACUACUUCACAGGCUUGCCUACCAUGGGAAGGCUUAUCAAAAACCACUGGGCGCGACUUAUUAUCCUCACAGCCGCAGCUUACCAAAUCGGCGGUGCGAUCGAGGGUUUCAUUUGGCCCAAGGUGUUUUGGGACUUCAUGACAGAUAAUCUGAACGGCGCUGUGAACCCGAUUCCAAUUCUUCAAAUCCUCAACCUCCUGAUGGGAUUGCUCUGCCUCGCAUGGGAAUGGCCCUUGAAAUACUUUGCCGGCACCCUUCCACACCGCAGCAUCGAAUUCCGAUUGAUAUUCUAUCCCCUCAGCGCUCUACUCUCCAUGCUCCUCUAUCAAGGAACCGACCCUGCUAUGUACUACCUUAUCGGGAUUGGUGUUUAUUUCUGGGCCUACAGUGAGGGCGAGGUGGUUUGCCCUAUACCAUGGACCCUGCCGAAGCGAAGCGAAUACAAGGUAUAGCACGGCUAUACUAAGACCAAGAUCAAACUUCUCACAUAUAACGACCACGAUACGACACGACAUAAUGAAGCGAUACCCGACAAUGCUACUGUAGCAGUAAUACCCGUUGUUUUGGAGUUGGGACAGAGAAAACAUUCCAUUGGGUCAGCAAUGACUUUCCAGCUAUUGCCCUGGAUUGCCUAGAGUAAACAUAAUCCUACUCUCGAUGUACCAUAGUUUUUCUGGGGGGCUAUUGAAUAGAAAGAGUACAGGUUACAGUCCGUUGAAUAGCAAGCACCAAAUUACACAAUAACGUAUAUUUGAC